UGGCGAGGGUGGGGGCGCGAGGCUUUCCUGGGCCAGAGAAGUGCGGCGCGCACGCCGGGCCAGGGACGGGCCUUUCCACUCCGAGCUGGGUGUCCCCGCGCCUGCCUGGCGACGAGGUGUCGCUAGGUGGGAAUUCUGGCUCGUGAGAAAUCCGUCCUCCUCGGCUGUGGGUUCCGCAAAGAUGGCCUUUAAUGGGGACGCCUCAGGCAGGGCUGGAGCAGCUCCUUUGCCAACCCUUGCCGGGAAAUCACUGGCUGAGGGAGGGUGCGAAUGAGUUUGUGUGGUUGGGAAGGCAAGUGGGGGUGGACACACUUUGCUGGGUGGGCAAGGUGUCUUUUUCUCUUGAUUUCGAAUUAGCCUUAGUGUGCGCCACUGGGAGCAAAUCAGGUGAUUUUGCUUGCUUCUCGGACUAAGAAAGGCCCUUUAGUGAUGCUGUGUUUACUCCUGCGCCUUUAAGAAGGUGUAGGUUUCAUCUGGGGCUGGAUCGCUGGUGCUAGUUAGGGGAUGCAUUAGGAAGUGCCUGGAAGCAGUGUUGACUUACUAGAUUGUGCAACACCCUUGUUGGAAAUUGAAGUUUGAGGCUUGUUUUUGCUCAGGAAACUGGAGCUUUCUAGUCGCGGAGUAGUUAGAAUCCCCGGUUCAAUAAUUGAUGAGAUUUCCAGGGGUUCAUUUCUAGGAUUAGAUUAGCUCUUGCAUCCUAAGCGUUGGCCAUGGUUAUGUACUUCCUUGCUGGAGGGACAUUAGUGGAGUGAACACGUAAUCAGUGUCCCUGAGUGCCUGAAAAGAGGGCAGUUGGCUUGCUAGGUGUGGCAAUGACAUUGUUUUAGGCGUUACUGUUACCUUUGGCAGAAUCACUCUGGACAUUCUAUUCGACAUAGCUCCCAGUGAAACUUAGAAAAUUGUAUUACCAGUUUCCUUUAUUGAGUUACUUGGGUUAGAGCUUCGUGCACGCAGGCAGGAAUGCCUUUGCGAUCUGAGCUGCCAAGGGUUUAAUGUUGUGUACUGACUAAACGGAAUUACUGCUUGUCUCUGAUAGGUGAGCGAGGAACAAAUAAAAUUAUCUCAGGUAAUGUAAAAGAAAUCAUACCGGUGUACUUUCAAAGCAAUUUUCCCACUUAUUAGAGUUGGAAAGCAAAUAUGUGGAUCAGGACCGCUGUGCUGAAUUAGGAACUCAGGAAACUGGGACCAGGCUUGUCCUUAGGAAACAUAAAGAGUUAUUUCCUUAUAACAGCUAAAGGUAUUUUUCUGAUAUACAAUAGAGGAGAUGACAGUCUGUUUCACUGGGACUAGAAUGAGCAGUAUGUGGUCCAAACCUUUGCUUUUGUUGUUGGCUCCCUUGUACUCAUUUGUGCAGUCAUAACACUCAUCAUUUGUUACAGACGUAAUAACAUACUCCCUACCUUUUACAUUUCCUCAUGGGCCGAAUAGUUAAUGUAAAAUUCAGAUAUAAGAAGGGAAUUGCAGUUAUUGGUAUUGCUUUUUUCCUUAGCCUAUUCCAUCUAAUAACCAAUUAACACUCAGCUUCUGAUAUUUUCAUUCUAAAUUUCCAAAGACCUACAGCUGUGUUAAAUGUACAUUGUUGCUAUUUGCUGAAAAAAAUGUAAUGAUAAAUAUGAACUAUUAGGUCUUUGGAUCUCCAUUUCUUCCUGACACAUUGAUGAUUAUUCCCCAGGCUUCUCCAGAAUAAAAUCCCACUAGGAUAAAGUCAAAUGUACUGGGAUUAUAGGUCUGUACCACCACCUAGCCAGCCAACCCAAAUCUCAGAGUUGUGAUAGCACGUGUACUUGUGCUGCAGAAGAAAACACCCAGUAGCUCAGGCGGUGGGUGGCAUCUGAGAGUUCCUGCUUUUCUGUUACUGUGGAUGAUAGAACGUAGGACCUUGCUCAUGCCAGUUUCUGAUGAAGAACAAUCAGUAGUUUAUGUUCCAGGAAUAUCCACAGAAGGAAAUACAAGAUCAAGACUCAAGUUGAUAAAUCCAAAAGUUGAUGUUAAAGUUAAGGCUUCCAGGGUGACUGAUGCUUCCAUGGAGUCUUUAAAAGGUGCAGGAGAUUUGGUAGCUGAACAGAAUUUCUACAAGGAAGGAAUGAAGAGUGCAUCACUGAAAGAUUUAUGUCUUGAAGACAAAAGGCGCAUUGCCAACUUAAUUAAAGAACUGGCCAGAGUAAGUGAAGAAAAGGAAGUGACAGAGGAACGACUGAAAACCGAGCAGGAAUCCUUUGAGAAGAAGAUCCGGCAGUUGGAAGAACAAAAUGAACUGAUCAUCAAAGAAAGGGAAGCUCUUCAGCUACAGUAUAGAGAAUGCCAAGAACUUCUUAGUCUCUACCAGAAGUACCUAUCAGAACAGCAAGAGAAGCUCACCAUGUCACUCUCAGAACUUGGUGCUGCUAGAGCUCAGGAGCAGCAGAUAACCAACAAGAAAAGUGCUCAACAGUCUUCACUGAUGGACCUGGAUGGUUCCUACCUGAGUGUAGCCAAACCACAAACCUACUGUCAGAGCAAGGCAAGGCCUAAGACAGCAAACCAGGACUCAGUUUCCGAAUCCCUUGCAGCACUGAGGAAUAAUCCGUUUAAACCAGUAACACUUCAUCAUCACAAAGAGGGUUUAGAGAGGGUGUCAUCAGAAACCAGAACAGGUAAUUUUGAAUCUCUAGGGAGGAAACAAGUAGAUGCAGCCCCAAUAGAGAAAGUCCUACCUUCAGAAGACUUGAAGAUAAAGGAAUAUCCACACCUUUCACGUACUCCAUUAAGUCAGUACUGUGGUCAUAAAUGCUCUGAAAGUGAAGACUAUGUUCAUGAGAACUAUCAGCCUGCAAACAUGGCCCCUCAGUAUUGUAAGACACAUAUGGAAUCAUGUCAUUGUGGGCUUUCCUGGGCAUCUCUCAUGCAUGGUAGAGUGACAUUGCAACCCAGUGAAGCUGAUGUAAAAAAGCAACUCUCAGAAGACCGAAGGCAACAGUUGAUGCUUCAGAAAAUGGAACUAGAAAUUGAAAAGGAACGCCUUCAGCAUCUUCUGGCUCAACAAGAGACAAAGCUUCUCCUCAAACAGCAACAGCUGCACCAGUCCCGACUAGAUUACAAUUGGUUAAGGACUCAAGCUCUAUUUAAGUCUCGAGAACUGGUUGCUGAGAAAGAGUUUACUAAACCCCAAGAACUUGAUCUCGAUCUGAAUGGUAGUGACUCUGGACCAAGUUUAUUAAAGUCAAAAUGUGAUGGAUGGCUGCGUGGAACCUCAUCAUCCAUUAAUGCCUGCUCAAACUCUCCUAACAGUGGACAAAACAGGAGGGAGAAGAAGACAGUGGAGUUUCAGUCACACGCGGAGGAUGACGUCCAGGGGAUAUGCCAACAGAAAGACACGUGCAGCCCCCAGAGAGAGACAGUGACAGCCAUUAGAAAAGAUGCAUCCACAUCUCCUAUGGCAACAAGAAGCCCUAAGGAUCCCAUGACCCCAGCCUCAUCAUCAUCCCAGCACACCACCUCACGGUAUGAGACAUCUCUGCUGGAUUUGGUUCAGUCUCUGAGCCCAAAUUCUGCUCCCAAAUCUCAUCCCCAUCCCUCCAGAGCAGCAGGAGUGUGGAGUGCUUUCCGACCUAGCCCUCAGAAAUCUAUCUGGAAGAAAGUGGGGACGCGCAGGAGCCCUGAAGACCUGGAGGAGAAUCAGAUUCUGGAAGACAUAUUUUUCAUAUGACUCUGAAGAACAUGCUGCAGAAUUUCCAUAGGAAAUAUUUGGGUUCCUUUACAUGCUGAUGUAGGAUGUUAAAUUACUUAAUUGCAAAGCAGCCAAGUCUCUCUUUUCACAGGGACCUAUCUUACUGGCAUCCUCUUAAGUGUUGAAUACAGAAAUCAUCCUAACAAAUCAGGGUGGUUUUUGUCCAACUAAUCAAAAAACAGGUUAGAGGAGGUGGGCUUAGGGAUAGAAUCUUUUCUAUGGCAAACAGAGAUUAGAAAUUUAGGAUAUUUUCUGCAUACCCGACUCUGUGGAUAUCUAGUAUCAUUUUAAGAGGGUUUUCAAUUUACUGCUACAAAAUGUUGGCUCUUUCCUUACAUUAGGAAAGUAUCCACUUCAGAAGGAUUCUCCUUCAUUCUUUCUCUCCUCACUGAGAGUGACUGUUCAUUCUGAAAUUGGAGUUAGUGACCCUAGUAUCACUACUACUUGGGACCCAGUACGUGUGAGUCAUAGUGGUCAUCAACAUGGCCGUUGCUGCCCUUACACUAAAAAGCUCAAUGGUUAGAGGGAAGUUUCCAACCAGACUGUGGUAUUAAACCUCAUAUGGGAAUGGAUGCCUGGGGAAAUCUCCAGUGUCCCGUGAGGCUGUUUCUUGUUGACUCCAAUUCUAGGUAUCCUUGUGUACGUCCUCCAUAGGUGUGUCAGAGGAAGACGGCACUACAGAAAGAGUGGUACCCAGUGGCUGCAGUUGGCAGUUUUCCUCUGCCCCUGCUUCACUCCCUAAGGAUGACUGCCCCCGGGGUGCACCAAGUCUAGGAAAGCUCAGCUGAGCAUCCUUAUUGGCCUAGAUCUAAAUCUUUGCUCUCCAGUCUGAGCUCAGUCCUGUUGAUUCUACCCAGUUUCCUUUCCCUUCGAGACUCUCAAUUCCCAUACUCUUCAUGUGAGGCAAAUACAAGGGCAAGACUAAUUACUGUAGUCAUUCCCUCUGGAAGUUGACAGUUCACUGCAGAUUCAAAUUUGCAAAAUCACCCUGAGAGUAACUAAAAUAAACUUGUUCUAUUUCAAAAUACCUUUAGGAUAUGUCUUCGGAGUGGCAGAAAUGGCAGUUAGGUUUCCAGAACCAUCUUCUCUCUUUCCUGUGUGUCACAGACAACUUACCUAUUCUAUUUUCCUAGACUUGCUAUAACCAUAGUCACUUGUUCUGGGCAUUGGUGUUCAUGCUACUCCAAAGUAUGUGUCUCCAAAAGAAUGAGAAAUGGAAUAUGAUCUCUUUAAGAAGCUUGUUUGCCUGAAAGUUAAAGGUUUUGUGGGGGGGGGGGGGUGCUAUACCAUUGAAUGGAAUUUAAUUGCUUCUGUGCCUUAACAACAUGGGAAGUUUGUAAAAGGAAAAAAAAUCAAUUAACAGUUUUUAUACUUCACACUCCCUACCAGCUUUUAUUUUAUUUUUCUUGGCAUUGGUACGAGGGUGGUAGGAAGGGAAUAUAUAUAUAUAACCUAGUGCCUUUGUUAUUAAUUGAAUGAUAUAUGUUAACAUUUUAAUCUCUAUUAAAUUUACUUCGAGAUGUAUAUGUUAUUGCAAAGUAUUUGGGCAUGAGCUAAUUGCAGCUUGUCCCACGGAAGAAUGGGAAGAAAAUAGGAGCCAUGUGACCUCUCCUGAUAAAGUUCCCUUCAGUGACUGGCUGGGACUUGCUUGACCAACUCCUAGGUGUUUGCUCAAAGCAAGGCUGUACACACACUGUGAAUGCCACAGCUAAGGUAUUGCAAUACCUGCCACCUUGUGAGAGAAAACUAAUCAGUGUUGUAAAAUGGAAUCGGAGUGUGUCCACUGGACUCCCUAAGUGAGGUUCAAGUGCUUGAUUUAAAAAGUCAAGAUUAAUCAAGGAAUACCUUUUGUACCCAUCCCCCUUCCACCUUCCAAGAGGCGCAUGUGUCUCUUCAGACCUGGCCCACAGUGGGGACUCAUCCAGAGCAUUUUAGGUGUCCCAAAGAAGGCCUGACUGUCUCCCUCCCAUCAAAUCACUUUUUACUGGCUCUACAUCAGCACGAGGGUUAUCUUAGAGGUUUUCUGGGAAGGAAAAGGGCCUGAAAGAAGUCACUACAGUUGGCUAAAGGUAUAUUAUUUUUAACAUUGACAAAUGUUUGUGGUAAGUUGAUAAACAGUCUAUAUGGCUAUUUUCCUCUUGUGGUUUUGAUAAUGAAUUCUGCCCUUGCACCUUAUCUAAAGCUAUAACCAUAGCUUUAGAGCAAGAGCAUAACCCCAAAUUAUCUAAAUACUAUUAUCUCCUUGUUACUUGUUGGGACAACAGGGGUGCAUGGCCAUUUGAAAAAAAAAUGGAAAUAGUGUGCCAUGUCUCAGCUGGUGUUCCCAGUGCAGCUCCAUGCUGUUCCCAUCACCAGGACAUCAGGACUCAAUAGUUCUGUAGCUGCUGGAAUGGACAAUUCAAUCUAAGCACACUUCUGAGUCCAUCUCCUUAGCGUCUCAGCAAGAAAGAUAGAACUUGUGGCCCUGCCUGGUGGGUGUUAGGUUCUUGAAGAAUCCAAGCCAGGGUUUGCACAGAUUCAUAGUUCCAAAUCAUACCCUUGUGUUCCCCCAAAACAGCCAAAGACCCUGACUUGCUCCCUUCCUUCAGACCAGCCUGUCACCCCCACUGAACAAGAACUCUGAGCAGCUGCCCCUCAGAGGCUCAGGUAGAGGAGCAGAAUCAUCAAUCAGCCCUCUCUCACACCAGAAAUGAAAUUAAGUAAGCAGUUUGCUCAAUUGUCAAAAAGAUACCUGUGAGUGUGAGGAGAAAGCUAAGCAUAUGUAAAACGGUCCUUAUCCUGAGAGGACAGAUAAGCAGACAGCUAGAGAACCAGCUUCAUAGAUUAGUGACCCAUUGUGUGGCUUCUUGACAUUUCUGCUCUACUUGAUGGGGGGUGGGGCUUCAGCUUUGUAAAUAUUUUCCUUCCCUGUUAUCCUUACCACAAACACACUAAGAACUGGAUAAGCUCCUUCUCCUAACCCAUCAAUGCUGUUACAACAAAAUGCCUGAAACUUGGUCAUUUAUAAAAGCCAGGAAUUUGUUUCUAUAUUUCUGUAGGCUAGGUCUAGGAUGCAGGUACUGUCUGUCUAUACUGCAUCAUCCAGAGGGCAGGUGUCUUUAUCCUUAUAUGGCUCAAGACUUAACUAGCAGAUUACCCUAAUGCUGACGCAAACCUUUUAUAAGGGCCUUAUGACCAUCAACGAAGGAGCCCAGGUUGUCUGUCACCCAACCCCCCCCCCAUUAACAGUGUCACAUUAGCAAUGCCUGAAUUUUGAAGUAGACAUACGCAAACAAAACAUGUAGUCCAAAACUAGUCUGCAGCCUCUCCUGUCUGUACCACCGUAAGUCCAUUAGAUUAUUAUAUCCUCUGUGACCAGGAUGGGCCCAGGAGCCUGUUUAAUCCAUCCUUUUGCUUUACAGAAGAAAGUGUUGUUAGUUUGUUUGCUUGCUUGCUUGUUUUUAAGUAACUUGUCUGAGAUCCCACAUCCUGGCAGUGACAGAUCUGGCUACCAGAUUCAUAUCCUCUCUACAGCACAGUAUCUGCCUUUGUUGGCUUUUCCAAGAAAAGCAUUUUUAAGUAUUCCAUCUAUAACUGAGCAUUCCAUUUCUGUCUCUUAGGAGUGAACCAUGUAUGUCCUCCUUGGGGUCGUUGUCAGUUGGUAGCCCUCAAGGACUGAUGCUACUGUAUGGACGUCUCACCUGCAGAAGUGGAGGCCAUGGGACGCUAUCUAAAACUAUCCAAAAUGACAUGCCUAGGGGGAAACAAACAUGCAUUUCCAGAAUGGCUUCUCUAAAUAAUAUUCCUAGUAAAGACUUCUUUCUCAAGGACAGUGACCAAAAGGAAAUGAGGAGUUGUAAAGGUAGAAAACCAGUGGGUUGGUCCUUGGAGAUCAGUAGGAAUGAUCCAUCCCUUAUAUUGCCAAGGGGCACAGCUCCUUUGUUCUGAGCUGCCAAUCCUAACGCUGGUGCUCAGAUCUUCAUCAGUGUUCUUGGACACUUGAGAAAUACUCACUUUACACAUUAGGCACUAUUGCCGUCUCUGGGAAAGUGGUUAACAGCAUGAGCUAUGAAACCAUGAUACAGAUCUAUAGUGAAAAACCAGGGAUUACGCCUGUAAUCCCAGCAUUCAGGUGGAAUUAGAUGGUGGCCCAAAUAAGGGCACGCUAAAUAUCAAAGACGAUGGAUUUUAACCUUCACUCAAUGGAAAACCUGAGAUACUUUGAGGUUACUUAUUAAAUUUUCCUCUAGCAUUAGUGGUGUUCUCUUUCAGAGGAGACAAGAUCUAGAAAGAUAAGUAAAAUGACACCUAUCCAGUAUCUGCUAAAUAUUGAGUGAGGCCUGUAGGGAGCAUUCUCAUUUAACCCACACAGCAACUGCUUGGAGAUGUUGGAGGUUGCAUCUCAGCCGGUAAUUCAUGCUGCUCCUAGGUAAAUUGGGAUUGAGGCUAUCCAUUCCCUAUCCAAGUUCUGUGUCCUGUUGAGACUUCUUGUCUGCCAAAGUAGGUAAGACAUGAUACAGAGAUACCAGUUUUCACAAUGUUGUCACAGGCAACAGAGAGAACUUCAUUACUGCCACCUUGUCCCUCUAGUGGAUUACAAGUCUGGAGAGAGAGUAUUUGAUAUUCUACUAUCAUCGUUUCCUAAUAAUUCUUCCUAAGUCUGGAUCUUGUGGCAACUCAUCCACAGGACAACUGACUCGUGCUAGCGACUAAAUAGAAAGACUUCAAUUCCUGAAGACGAAUGUAUACCAAAAGAAACUGGAGUAACACUGACAGAUGAAUAACAAGACCUUCAAGAGAAAGAUCAGAAGUAGAGUCAGGUCAAAAAUUGCUUUGGCCAGCUCUCUCAUAGAAGGAUGUCAAGGAGAGUGAGCAAGGUGGUAGGCCCCAUUGGUGUCAAGGACAGUGAAGGAAAGGACUUCUGAGGCAAAGAUGUAUUCAUUAGUCCUCAUACAUUGCUGAUGGGAAUGGAAAUUAAUGUGCAUUCACUUGAGAAAAACCGCCUGGCAGGUUGAAAAUGUCAAACAGUUCAAAAAAUGACCCAGCAAGUUUAUACCUGGAUAUUUCCAAGAGAAAUGAAAAGAUGUAGAAACAACUCAACUGUCCAUCAACCAAUAAACAAAUUAUGGUAUCUCCAUAUGCCAAAAUAUUACUUGGUAAUGAAAGGAAAGGAAUACACACUAUCAAAUAGAUUCAACUUGAAAACAUGAAGCUGAAUGAAAACAAGUGGUCAUAAAAGACUACAUACGGUAUGAUACCAUUACAUUGAAAUCCACAUAGGCAGAAGGUAAUCCACGAACAGUUGUUGGUGUAGGAAGUCCUUCUGUUUAUGUGUUGCUUUCAUUGGUUAAUCAAUAAAGAAACUGCUUGGCCUGAUAGGGCAGACCUUAGGUAAGCGGAGAAGACAGAAUUGAAUUUUGGGAGGAAGAAAGCAGAGAGAGAGAGAGAGUCACAAUGGAGCCACCAGGUCAGACAUGCUGAAUCUUUCCUGGUAAGCCACAACCUCAUGGAGAUAUACAGAUUAAUAGAAACGGGUUAAACCAAAAUGUGAGAGUUAGCCAAUAAGAGGCUAGAGCUAAUGGGCCAAGCAGUAAUUUAAUUAAUACAGUUUCUGUGUGGUUAUUUUGGGUUUUUUGCUAGCCGGGCUGCUGGGACAAACAAAGGACCCUCUCUCCAUCAACAAGUUGUUUUUAUUUGGGAAGCAGCCAAAGGAGCACCCCACAUUUCAGCAGGUGGAAAGCUUCACAGGCCUCCCACAGCAUCACUUCUACACUCAGAACUGGAAAUCACUGUGUCAAGUUGUGGUAACCUUGGUUAGUUGUGUGAAAAGGGAAGGACUCUCUCAUUGGUAUAUCUGUGCAUCCAACACACUUCCAUCUGUGCUUAAUUUGAAAAUCCACAUAUGAGGGGUCAUAUGGAAACCUACAGUAGAAGGUUCUUUACACACACACACACACACACACAAAAUCUAAAUGGGAUCACCAAAUAAUGGAGGAGAUGAAACCCCAACUUGGUCUCUCUCACCACCAAAUGAAACCUCCAGUGGCAGAAGUACAUUACAUUUAAUUGAGUUGUUGGCUAAAUGGGUACCAUGAAAACUGCCAAACAAACCAGGCUAUUGCCAAGCAUAUUGACUGCUCCCCACAAACUGAUGGUAAGGCCAUAUUGCUAAAGACAACACCUACAUAACUCACCAAACACAGAGAAGUUAAGCUACCUAGAUUCUUUAUCCCUAUUGGCUAGUGUUCAUAAUAUUGCAGCAUACUUUGUAUGAUACAAAAGGGGAAAAAUAAAUAUCAACUCACCUUCAAGGCCUUUUAACUACAAUGGUGUUCUGCCUAUAUGACAUGCUGAUGCACUGGUGGCACAAAAGUUAGGGAGUAACCAACCACUAUCUGGUAAGAUUUAAGGCCUUUAUGAGAUGGAAUCCAUACCUGACACUGCUCAAGUGACCAAUAACCUAAGACCAUGGACCUAGGGGAAAACCAAAUACUACUGGUCUGCUAAAAGAACAAAGCAAUAAAAAGACUCCUAAUGACAUUUUGCUGUACUCAUAGAUCAGUGUCUUACUCAGCCAUCAUUAAAGAAGUUUCAUCCUGCAGCAGAUGGGAGCUAAUAAAGACUGACAGCUGCAAAAUGUACAGAGUGUGAGAGACCUUAGAACACUCAGUCCUUGAUGGAGGAAGGUCAUUGGUUAAUUAUAAUAAACCAACUGCUUGGCCUCAUAGCUUGGUGGGAGGAGUAAACAGAAUAGAAUUCUGGGCGGAAGAGGAAGUGAGGUCAGACUCUGCUCUGCUCCCGGGGAGACCCAACAGCUGCUCUCUGGAGCAGAGACACCAGGAUGGACGGAGGCUAGACUCUUCCUGGUAAGCGCACCUUGGGGUGCUUACACACAUCAUUAGAAAUGGGCUAGUCCAGGUGCGAGAAUUAGCCUGUAAGGGUUAGAGUUCAUGGGCCAAGCAGUUCUUAAAUGAAUACAGUUUGUGUGUUGUUAUUUCGGGCAUAAGCUAGCCAAGUGGCCGGGGUGUUGGGGACGCAGCCCCGCCGCCGCUCCUAUUUCAACAAGUCCUAACCAGGACAUCUUUCUCAAAUCCCACAGGUUCAGAGCAUGAAGAAGAGGCAGAAAUACCUAGAGGGGAUGGAGGACACCAAGGAAACAAAGCCCUCGAAAUUAACAAGACCAGUGCACACAUGACACUGAAGCAGCAUGCACAGAACAGGUCUUAACCAGAUGGGUCCUAGAGCUGAAAGAAGUAUAUGCAAGCCCCCAUCUCCAACCCAGAAGCUAUCUUCAAUCGAUAACCUCUUGCAGGAGAAAAACAGUUUUCCCCAACAGAGUUUCAUUGGGCAUAUCCAAACCACACUUAAGGAAAGGUCCUAUACCCAUCUCAAAACUGGUAUAUUUGGACAGUUUCUAAUAUUUUCUCUGGGCUUUCUUUUUUGAAUUUUACAGGUCUUUUGCUUUUAUUAUAAUUUCCUACUUUGUGUUCAUGGGUUUUCUCUCUGUGUGUGUCUCUGUCUCUGUCUCUCUCUGUCUCUCUGUGUGUGUGUGUGUGUGUGUGUGUGUGUGUGUUUCUUUUUGCUUUUUCUUCAGCUCCUAUUUUUUUUUGUUGUUCUGGUUUGUUUGGGGUUUGUGUUUUAAUUUUGUUGUUGUUGACUGUUUUCUAAUGAGAAAAAGAAAGAGUGUAGAUUUGGGUUAAUAAUGUAAUGGGAAGGAUUGGGGAGGACUUGAGGAGAGGAAACUGUGACCAGAAUAUACUGCAUGAAAAAAUGUAUUUUUAAUAAAAAUUAUGAUUAUAAAACAUGAGCAAACUAAUUUCACAAAUGGAGUAUAUAGGGGUACCAACAAAGGACACAGAAAAUAUUGUUGGUAGGAAGAACUUGAGAGGGCAAAAAUUAUGCCAUUGUGGGGAGAUGAUCUGGAGUAACAGUUACCCAGGACAGAAUAUAUAAACCCACUUUGUAAUGGGAGGAGAAUAUAAAGCAUUGGCCUUGUGAAGUAGAGUUCAGGAAAGCUUGGCUGCUCCCAAAGUAUUUGCUAUAGACAGUUUGCUAUCUGUAUCUCAUCAGAUAUGUAGAAGGCGGGGUUCUUUUCAGAGUUUAAAAUUGAUUUCAAUAUAAGGGUUUUUCUCAUAACCCAUCUUGAAUACUUUAUGGGGUGAAACUGC